UGCAUCUCCUCACCGUUUGCUCUUUAAUUUGGGAUUGCGAUCAUUUCUACCCCCACCUCCCCGCCUGUCUGCGUGCCCGCUGUUCAUUUUGAAUUCGGUUGGUUGUGUGGAUUGGUUUGGAGCGAGAUACUUUCAGUCUGAGGCUGAGCGUUCAGCUCCCACCAUCCCUUGCAGAGUUGUCGCUCUCCUCUCCUCUCCUCUGCUCUCCGCUUUAUUGGAAUAAGUGGAUGUGAAACGUGAAGAUCAUGUUCAGAUUUCUGCGCUGCUCCGGGAAGCCUCCGCUCACUCCAGACACGAAAGAGUUUUAAGCCCCCCCCCCCCCCCCCCCCCCCCCCUCCCUACCCCCCAAACCCGACUUGCGCCGUACAGCUGGACUGUGGAGCGGCGGAACGGAAACACUGUCUGCUGGAAUCUUGCAUUGAACACUCUUCAUCAUACUUGUGACCACGAGAAAUCGCCGGCUGCCUCGUUUUUGAGCAUGAUUUUGGAAUACAGGACGGGACUUAUUUUUUACUUGUGUUGGAUACGAUAUUCUCAUGGGAUGCCUCAUGUUAUUCGAAUUGGUGGAAUCUUCGAACUAGUGGACAGUGGCACUGUGGGAGCAGAAGAGUUGGCCUUCAAAUUUGCCGUCAAUAACAUCAACAGGAACAGGACACUGCUUCCCAACACAACUCUGACCUACGACAUUCAAAGAAUAAACAUCUACGACAGUUUUGAAGCAUCCCGAAAAGCCUGUGAUCAGCUGUCCUUGGGAGUGGUGGCGAUAUUCGGGCCGUCUCAUAGCUCCUCGUCCAAUGCCGUUCAAUCCAUCUGCAAUGCGCUGGAAGUCCCUCAUAUCCAGAUCCGUUGGAAGCACCAUCCCAUAGACAACAGGGACUCCUUCUACACCAACUUUUAUCCCGACUAUUCCUCGCUGAGCUAUGGCAUUCUGGACCUGGUGCAGUUCCUGAAGUGGAGGACGGCAACCGUGGUCUAUGAUGAUAGCACUGGUCUCAUACGUUUGCAAGAGUUGAUAACAGCUCCCUCCAGGUACAAUAUCCGGCUGAAAAUUCGCCAGCUUCCCAUCGACUCGAGCGACACCAGGCCCCUCUUGAAGGAGAUGAAGCGAGGACGGGAAUUCCGCAUUAUAUUCGACUGCAGCUACACAACGGCGGCUCAGAUCCUGAAACAAGCGAUGGCAAUGGGUAUGAUGACCGAAUACUACCACUACAUUUUUACAACUUUGGAUCUCUUUGCCCUCGACUUGGACUCCUACCGCUACUGUGGAGUGAACAUGACAGGAUUCCGAAUUUUAAACACUGAAAACUUGCAUGUCACCUCGAUCAUUGAAAAGUGGUCCAUGGAGCGGCUCCAAGCACCGCCCAGCGCAGAUUCCGGACUGCUCGAUGGCAUAAUGACGACAGAUGCUGCUCUGACAUACGAUGCAGUUCAUAUUGUAUCAAUGUCCUACCAACGAGCUCCUCAGAUGACGGUUAACUCGUUGCAGUGCCAUCGGCACAAGCCUUGGCGAUUCGGGAGCCGUUUCAUGAACUUCAUAAAAGAGGCUCAAUGGGAAGGAUUAACAGGCCGAAUCAUAUUUAACAAAACCACUGGACUACGCACCGACUUUGAUCUGGACGUCGUCAGCCUGAAGGAAGAUGGACUGGAAAAGGUUGGAACCUGGGAUCCAAUCAACGGCUUAAAUAUCACCGAGAUGUCCAGAAGCAGAAGAUCGAACAUAACCGAUUCGCUGACAAAUCGCUCACUGAUUGUGACCACAGUCCUGGAGGAACCAUAUGUCAUGUUCAAGAAGUCUGACAAGCCACUCUCUGGCAACGACCGCUUUGAAGGGUACUGCAUUGAUCUGCUGAAGGAACUGUCCAGUAUCCUGGGAUUCGUUUACGAAAUUCGACUGACACAAGAUGGAAAAUAUGGAAUUCCCGAUGAGAGAGGCCAGUGGAACGGCAUGGUGAAGGAUCUCAUUGACCAUAAAGCUGACCUUGCCGUCGCUCCGCUCACCAUCACCUACGCCCGGGAGAAGGUCAUUGAUUUCUCUAAGCCCUUCAUGACGUUGGGGAUCAGUAUUUUGUACCGAAAAUCGAAUGGAACAAACGCUGGUGUCUUCUCCUUCCUCAACCCUCUCUCUCCAGAUAUAUGGAUGUACAUCUUAUUGGCCUACUUUGGAGUCAGUUGUGUGCUCUUUGUCAUAGCCAGGUUCAGUCCAUAUGAAUGGUAUGAUGCUCAUCCUUGCAACCCUGGGUCUGAUAUAGUGGAGAACAACUUCACCCUGUUGAACAGCUUCUGGUUUGGAGUUGGAGCUCUUAUGCAGCAAGGGUCGGAGCUGAUGCCUAAAGCCCUUUCGACCCGGAUCAUCGGUGGGAUCUGGUGGUUUUUCACUCUCAUUAUCAUCUCGUCCUACACGGCAAACAUGGCAGCUUUCCUCACCGUCGAGCGAAUGGAAUCCCCCAUCGAGUCCGCUGAUGACCUGGCUAAACAAACAAAAAUAGAAUACGGAGCAGUCAGAGAUGGAGCCACCAUGAUCUUCUUCCAGAGAUCUAAGAUUUCCACUUUCGAUAAGAUGUGGGCUUUCAUGAGCAGUCGGCAGCAAACGACCCUCGUUAAGUCCAAUGAGGAGGGAAUCCAGCGAGUUCUCGCCGCCAAUUAUGCUUUUCUAAUGGAAUCCACCACCAUCGAAUAUGUCACGCAGAGGAACUGCAACCUGACCCAGAUUGGAGGGCACAUUGACUCGAAAGGCUACGGUAUCGGAACUCCCCUUGGUUCGCCGUAUAAAGAAAAGAUAACGAUCGCAGUGCUGCAGCUUCAGGAGGAUGGCAAGUUGCACAUGAUAAAAGAGAAGUGGUGGCGAGGCAGUGGGUGCCCUGAGGAAGAGAACAAGGAGGCCAGUGCCCUGGGGAUUCAGAACAUCGGAGGCAUCUUCAUUGUGCUGGCAGCAGGCCUGGUGCUGUCUGUGUUUGUGGCGAUAGGGGAGUUCAUUUACAAACUACGCAAAACCGCAGAACGUGAACAGAGAUCCUUGUGCAGCACCAUGGUACAGGAGCUCCAGCUGUCUAUGACGUGCCAGCGGAGGGUGAAACACAAACCUCAGGCACCGGUCAUGGUAAAGACCGAGGCAGUGAUCAACAUGCACACAUUCAACGACCGACGGCUGCCAGGCAAGGACAGUCUGGGCUGCAACACUGGGCUGUCUCCAGUGUUCCCCUAAGGAGGCGUGCGUGCGAGACCUGUGUGCCGGGAGCAGUAUCGGCGCGCUCUGGCACCGGAUGAGGAGAACGGCUGAGGAGCUUGGUUUCAGAGACAGGGCCUGUCGGACAUUGACGGCGUGUGUUUGGAAAAUGGCGACAAACCACAGAGCAUGGACAAUGCGAUAUGCAAUGCAUGGAUAAACAAAAAAAACAAAAAAAUAACAUCACAAGGCUGCAGGUAGUGUUUCUGAAACUUGAAGCAGGGACGUAAAAAUGCAAAGAGUAAACGCGUGGGGAAAUUCAUUACUGACCCAUCGGAAGAAAUGGAACCAGGGAUUGCAACAAUGCAAUUAAACCUUGGUGGAACCUCCAGCAUGGCAAUAAGAGUUUGGUGUUGGUAUUGACUCCGACAAGAGGCAUCUGUGGAUAUUGAUUUCAGAUACGCUGCUCACAAUCUGCUCAUUCAAGGGUGCAAUUGACCAUUUUACACAGCAUGGGAAGUUGCUGUCAUGCCUUGGCAGCUGUUUCUCCCUUAUCUGUUACCUCAGUGCUGUGUGUGCUUCCGUCUUUGCUGUCGAGCGAGAAUUAAUAGACAGAGCUGGAGGUGAACACUGCCUCCAGAGAAACUGAGAACGGGGGGAGGGAGGGGGAAACAAACAUCUAAACGGAAUGGACUAAACAGAUAUCACAACGACAAGCAGCGUAUAAAAAAAUGUAGUUGUUUUCAUAUUUUGUGUCCAGUUUUUUAUCUAAUUGUUUAAUUUGUGCUUGAUUAACAGAAAGAACACGUAGAUGUCUUUUUAUCAAAUGAAAGGUUCGGGAGGGAUUUACAGUGUGAACAAAACUUUGAUUCAGUAAAAGUUACCAAAGAACUAUCUGC